UGUACUGGGAACCCUGUGGAAAGGAAAUUCGAUCCAGUCUCUUAUCAAACAAAUAGAAAGAGGAGGAGUGAGUAUCAUUUCGAACGGGGUUGGUUUUCCCGCGUACAUCGAUCGAUCGAUCGAUCAUCAAGAAGGAUUGAGUUUAUUAAAUAGUCAUAUGAAUCGGGUGCAGGUAUGGACGAUAACAUGUGUUUCCAACAAGGCCCUCUUAUCGCUGAUAUCGCAGUUCAUGUAUUUUCUUUUUUAUCCUUGACGGAUCGUCAAAAUGUAGCCAAGGUUUGUCGAUACUGGCGAAGUACUGUGUAUCAGCCUCGUCUUUGGAAGGAAGUCACUGUUGUUUUACCUUUAAAUUCAUCAGAUACCUUGAUACGCAGUCUAAAUACGCGUAAAAUAACCAGAUAUACAUGUCUACGCUCAACAGAAGAGGAUUUUUCUUGCUUGUUGACCAAUAUCACGAAUUUGACUCAUUUGAACAUCAAAGGCUGUCCACAAUUAUCCGCAGAGUGCCUGAAGAGAACAUUAAAGUCAUUAACAAAUUUGGAACAUUUAUCGUUUAGUAGAUGUCGCCAAUUGACAAAUAAUCUACUCAGCUAUUAUGCUUUGGUUGGCUCGUUUGACAAACUGAAAAGUCUUGCUUUGGAAGAUUGUAUAAAUGUCACCCAUGUUGGAUUUAAAGCCCUGAUCAAGCAAUUAAAAUACUUAGAGACACUUCACUUAACAUGGUGUGAGAGACUUACCGAUGGUUGUUUAAAGACCCUGUCUGAUUCUUGUCCUAAACUAUCUUGUCUAAAACUAGCAAGCUGUGACUGGGUUACGUUCAGUGGAAUACAGUAUAUAACACAAAAGCUCAAACACAUCAAGACACUUGAUCUCAACAACAGCCAUAAAAUUGAUGAUGAUUGUAUCAGACACGUAGCUGAGCAACUAGAUCUGCAGACCUUAGACAUUACUGGUAUCCCAUCUUUAACGAGAGAAACAAUUGCGUUUUCUGCUAGAAAACUGAACGGACUGAAAAGGCUGUCAUUUGGAGGAGGAGAAUUUUAUUUUGUCUCUGAAUGUGAACAACUUGAAGAGAUGUUUGAUGAAAUUUCAAAGUUAACCCAAUUAGAAUACUUCACUUUUGAUGUCUUUGAUGAAAAGUAUGAUAAAGAUAUUGAGUUAUGUAUUAUUUCUCUACUGAAGAAAUUGCCCAAUUUGAAGCUUCUUGACUUGGGAUCAAUUAAGAGUAUUGGAAAGGAGACAGGAAAUACCAUUGCAGAUUGUAUGCCAGAACUCACGUCAUUGACACUCAGUAGUCACAUGAUAAGCGAUAACAGUAUUAGCACGUUCUCCACCAGGCUAAAGAAAUUGAAAACUUUAGAUCUGCGUAGCUGUAGUGUGAGUGACCAUGGAAUCAAGGCUAUUGCAACAGGUCUUCAUGAUCUAGAGUCUCUGACAUUGUCCAGUCAUCCAAAGCUUACUGAUGUAGGAGUUAAAGACAUUGCCAGAAAUCUUAAGUCCCUGACUAGUUUAGACCUGAUGUCCUGUGGAAAACUGACAGAUGAUGCAGUAGAAGUGAUUGCAAAGGAAAUGUCUCAACUUGUCAGCCUAAACCUCUCAUACUGUCACCGGAUCUCAGAUAAAGGUGCAGUGAUAAUAGGCAAACUUCUCAAACAGCUGCAGCAUUUAAUACUAGAUAGCACUAAUAUAUUAGAUGUAGGAUUCGUAGUUAUUUGCGAACAAAUUAAAAGCCUAAGGACUUUGGGUGUCGGGAAUUGCCCAUUAACUAAUAAAGGAUUAACGGAUGGUGCAAUGUUUCUGAAAAACUUAGAGGAGCUUGAUAUUGGGUCUGUUAAUAUUACAGAUGAAGGAAUACAUGAAGCAGUUAAAUACUUGGGUGGACUAACUGAAAUAACACUCACACUUUGUCAAUCGGUAACUGUGGUAGGGUUAGAGUAUAUUCUAACAGGGCUUCCAAAUUUGACUCAUUUAGGAAUAGAACAGUGUGCCCUAAUAACAGAGUCAUCAGUUAGACAUCUACGGAAUAAUAGAAGUGCUACGAUUAGUGUAUUUGAUCAUGAAUGAAUCUGCUCUCUGCUUAAUACCUUACUACUCUUUGUAGUGCCAUUUUGUUGAGUCUUGUAUUUAUGGAUAUUAGAGUACAUACCAUAUAUCCAUGAAAAAGUUAGCUAAAAAAAUUGUACAAACUAGUGCAAAGUUGUGUAGGUCUAUGGUCUACUGAGGUCCUACUGGACUUACUUUAAAUUUGUACAAUUUCUCACAAACUUUUUCACUGAUAUAUGGUAUGCACUUUAACCAUUAGGCUAGAAUAGUAGUCAAUUAAUUUAGAAUGAGAAAUGAUGCUAAACAUAUUUAGAUGGGGAAUAAGUGUAUAAUUCAAUAAAUUAUAAUAUAAUAAAUCAACAAAAAAUUGUGAAAUAAUAUUAGAAAAAUAUAAACUUUUAAACAGACAUUAUUACUUUGACAAUGUCAUAUUUAGUGGUAAAUAUAUUUUGUACCAUUAAGUACUAUUAAGUCUUGUGUCUGCAAGUUAUGAAUUGAUUUAAGAUUUAAAGUAAAGCGUGAGAAAUAAACAUUAGAUCUGUAAGAAGGUUUACCUGUUACACUUAACUCUAGUGUAUAUGGUUUAACAUGUUAUGGUAUGUUCUUUUUUACCAUAUACCUUGUACAGGGCUUACCACCAUUUGCAUUGCUACGUGGCCUCCCCAGACAAAAAUUGCGACGUGCAAUUUGGAAUAGACUGCCGUCAAUCAAACACGUUGACAUCAUUUACACGCAUGUGAUUCAAAAAGGCGCCAGAGCUUGUCGAUUGUUUACAAGUAUUAUGAGCCUCACUCACCAGGCCUAUCCGGGCCACAAAUGAGGUAUGACGGAGAGCUAAAACUAAUUUGCCCAAUGAUUUCGACCUGACCAGCAAUUUUAAGCCCUGCUUCUGUGAUCAAAUUGUGAACAUGUUAUGAAAAAGACACAUUUUUCACUUUCAAAACUGCAGAAAAUGUUUAUUUUUUCUUUUCA